UCCCUCCACUUUAUAUCCAGAUUUAAUGGCCGCUGAAGAAUUAAGAACCUUUCUCCAAAGCCCCCUUCUCCACAUUUUACCUCAUCUCCAUUCUUCCAACUAAACAUAGAGAGAGAGAGAGAGAGAGAGAGAGAGAGAGAGAGAGAGAGAGAGAGAGAGAGAGAAUGAAAUCCAUAGAGCUGUUUUGUGCAUCUCCAGCUGCAACAGCCAUAUGCUCAAGCAUGGAUCACCGAGCAAUAACCCGGCCCGGCUCAAAGCCGACCCAUCGUCUCGGCUCGGAAACCCCAAGAACCAGCAGCAGCAGCCGAACUACAUGCUUAUCUCAGCUCCCAUUCGACCCAGCUUCCUCAAAGCCGACCAGAAACAAGCAAGCCGAUCAAAUCUCACGCAGAAAAAGCUCUGCUGACGUGGACGAUCUAGCUAACCCUAGAAUCUCCUCGAGAUCGUACCUACUGAGUCAACACGACAAACCUUUCUUGCUGGAUAAUCAUCAGCAUGCAGUAAAAGAUUCUUCUGAAAGAUCCCUUGUGGUUUCUAGCCAUCCCUUGAUUAGGGAUGAUUAUAAUAACUACAAGCGCGUCAACUCGGAUCGAUACCCGGUAUUCAGAUCCUUGUCGACUCGGGCCUAUCAGAACCCGGUUUUCGAACCGACUUACUCGUUAAAGGGAUCCGAACUAAUUGCUCAGCCUCAGAAGAAUAUUCCACCAACUGGAAGAAUCUUGACUGAUCCUGUGGUCAACGAUCUCAAAUCUUCUUCAGCUCGUACUCCAAAUCGUCAGGUUGUUGAGUUGAGGGUUUCAAUUCAUUGCAAGGGUUGUGAAGGGAAGUUGAGGAAACAUAUUUCAAGAAUGGAAGGAGUGACGUCAUUCAGCAUAGAUUUGGAAAGCAAGAAAGUAAGAGUAAUAGGGGAUGUGACGCCAUUAGGUGUACUAACAAGCAUUUCCAAGGUCAAGAGUGCACAAUUUUGGCCUUCACCUGUUUCUUCUUCUUCAUCCAAUUCAUCUUCUUCUCCAAGAGUUAGCCUCACUAGAUAAAAUUAAUUAUAUUUAAUUUUGUAUUAGGGUUUUAUUUUAUAUAUUUAUUAUUAUAUAUAUGUUUUCACAAUCAUCUAUUUUAAUUUCUUGUACGUUACUAGAAUAAAUGGCCCGUGUUAAUUUAUUUGAUUUUAUUCGUGUUGUGUGUAUUAAGUAUUUAUUUUACGUGUGUACAUGUAAAUAUACAUACUUCUUUAAUAAUGAAUUACAUAUGACUAUUAUUGAGGUA